UGUACAUUGACGCGUCCCCGAACAAACAUCGUAAUUAACUAUAUUCGUUAGUUUAAAGUCGCGUCGAAAGAUUAAACAACUGCCGUAAACUUUUCAACUAAAAACAAGAGGUGAUAAAAUGCAAUCGGGCCACAAGUCAAACGCAGGUUUGCGAAAACACGAUAUCAAGGAGCAUCAAGUUACAGCUACAAACUUAGAACACGCUACGGCUACGGCCAUGUUCACCACGAUGACGGUGAACGCUACAACUACCGAAGAUACACUUACUGUAUACGAGUCAGCCGUAGGCAAUCCUAGUAAUCCCGUUGAAGACGAGUCGACCGAAAACAAGUCCGCUGUAGGUGAGCCAGCUAUAGGAGAACCAGCUAUAGACGAAUCCCAGGUUGAUGAGUCUGAUCUAAACGAAUUCGAUAUUGAGGAGUCUGACUUCGAAGAAUCCGAUAUUGAGGAGUCUGACUUCGAAGAAUCCGAUAUUGAGGAGUCUGACUUCGAUGAGUCCAACACUGAGGAGUAUGACUUCGAUGAGUCCGAUAUUGAGGAGUCUGACUUCGACGAGUCCAACAUUGAGGAGUCUGACUUUGAUGAGUUCGAUACUGAGGUCUCCGACUUAGAUGAUUUUUACGAUUUCGAAACAGAUUAUUCCAACAUUGAUAAUUUUGACGUAUACGAGAAUACUGUAGAUAAUGUUGUCGCAAACGAGCACAAUCUAGACGAGUUCAAACAUUUCGUAAAUUACAUUGACCAGUGCAACAGUGAUCAGCAUUUUAUCGUGAAGAUGCACACAAAAGCUAUAUACAACUUAAAGCCAUUGGAAGAAGAGCCUUCGGCACUUCAAUUUGGACGGUUCACGGAAAAACUAGUGUUGCAUAUAUGGGUGCUGCAAAUGCAAGAUCCGCUUGACAUUGACCGAUGGAGUGGACUAUUGAUGCAUAUAAUUUACAGUAAAUUGGACCCGGCGACUAGGAAUUUGUGGAACAAAUUCGUUUGGGAUUGUAAAAAACACGGCAGGAAUGUUAGCAUGACGAAAAUUUUGGAUUUUUUGCGAGCCACGUGUCGCGAAUACGAAAUUAAGAAACCACCCAGAUUCCUAAGUUGCAUCAAUUGUGUUUAUAAUGAUUUAGGUUCCAAAUGUUGACAUUUUAAUGUUUACAAUUUACUGAUUCUUAAAAAAAAAAAUCCCAAACAAAUGCUCUUUGAUUUCUUUAAAAAUUAAUAUGAAUCCGUUAUGUGCACAAUUAGUUAAAAGUAGUAAUUAAAACUCACAGACACCAUGCAAAAUAGAAUAUCUGAUGAAUCGUGGUAUCUGUACCAGGAACAGCGUUGUUUAUGCAUAAUAUAUAACAAUGAAUUACAUAAUCAUAAUUUAUUACAAUCAUUAUGGUACACAGAUUAACCAUCUAUGUGUUGCGUACAACGUAUUUGUCGUUUUAUUC